AUGCAGCACGAUGACGUGGUGUGGGCUAUUAUCAACAAAACACAUUGCUCCCAUAAAGUAACGACAAAAACACAGCAGUUUUGUCGAAAUGAGUACAACUUGACCGGUUUAUGCAGUAGGGCGUCCUGUCCGCUUGCUAACAGUAAAUAUGCAACCAUCCGGGAGGAGAAUGGUAUUAUUUAUUUAUAUAUGAAGACAGCAGAAAGAGUAAUGUUUCCUGCAAAACAAUGGGAGAAAGUGAAACUAUCAAGAAACUUUGAGAAGGCAAUAUAUCAAAUAAAUGAAAAUCUUUUAUACUGGCCAGCUUUUAUAAAAGCAAAAUGCAAACAGAGAUUUGUCAAAAUAACACAGUACCUUAUAAGGAUGAGAAAACUCAAAUUGAGGAGAGUGAAAGAACUGGUCCCAAUACAGCGUAAGAUAGAGAGACGAGAGAGAAGAAGGGAAGAGAAGGCCUUAGUAGCUGCUAGAAUAGACAAUGCUAUUGAGAAACAGCUGCUUGAGAGACUGAAGAAGGGCACAUACAACGACAUCUACAACUUCCCACAAAUGGCGUUCGACUCGGCGCUCAAAGCGGAAGAGAUAUCGAGUGAGAGUGAGAAAGAAGAUGAAGAAGAGGAGGAAGAAGAAAGAGAGAUGGAACCGGAAUUGGAGAGGGAACUGGAGAGGACUGUGGAACAAGCUGACGAGUUUGUUGAAGCCGAUAGUGAAAUGGACAGUGAUGAGGAUUCGGACUCCGGGAAGAAAGAAGGUGCGGAUGUAGGAAGCGACUUCGAGUCUGAAACAUCAGAUAUUGAGGAUAUUGCUGAAAGGGUACCACAGAAGAAGAAGGCUCGUGUUGAAAUUGAAUACGAAACGGAACCAGUAGCCAGUGUAUCGAAAAAGAAAAUAAAACAUUGA